AUGGGCUGCUCCAACUCUAAAGAGGCGGAGGACACUCCUGCUGUUGGUGUCCUCAGGCUCCCGGUCAACACCACCGCUCCUGUCCAGACUCACAGUGCGCCAACAGCAGAAACAGCAACCACAACAACAGCUCGGAGCAACAGCACAGACAGUGACACCUCACAUCCUGAUACAACGCCAGUCCCUACAAUGACCUGUUCUAUAUGCUGGGAGAGCAUGCCCGAAGUACAGCAGACGAUAAGGAAUCGACCUUGCAAGAGCCACCGUUUGCCAGUGUGCAACGACUGCAUACGAAAGAUGUUCCUAGAUGCCUACAAAGACGAGACUAAAAUGCCGCCUAGCUGUUGCUGCCCGAUACCACUGAGCUGUGGCCGUCGACUACUGUCUGCGGAUGAGUUUAUCCUGUUUCAAGAAAAAUACGAAGAAUGGGGCACCCAUGACAGGCUCUAUUGCCCAGUGCCAACCUGUUCAGCCUUUAUAUCACCGCGAUUAUUUCCAAAAGGGAAAGACUUUGCUCCAGCAUACCAGACUGCUCACCCUGUCGACGUUCAGACACCACCCCCUACACCCCCCGAUGAGUCCUCAACAGUGGCAUGCCCGAAAUGCUCGGUGCAUGUUUGCAUUCCCUGCAAGCAACUAUCACAUCCUGGAUCCCCCUGCCCUAGGACUGCCGAUAUAGAUCCUGAAUUGUCUGAACUAUUGAAGCGAUGGGGUGUUAAGAGAUGCCCCCGGUGCCGAGCCGCCGUGCGACGCAUGUAUGGCUGUCGACACAUGAGGUGUCGAUGUGGUGCGCAAUGGUGUUGGUGGUGUACCGGCCCUGUCCGGGUUUGUGCAAGCCGCGGGUGCGAGGCUGAGGCAGAGGGCGAGGCGUUCGAGGAGGAACUAAACCAGGAAGCCGAAAAUUACCUCGAGACAUAUGGGGAAGAUCAUAACCAAGAGAGGAAUGAAGAGCAGACCCCUUCUACACGACAGAAUAAUGACAAUCCUACCGUUACUCUAGACGCUGGGUGGCAUUGGGAGGAUGAGGAUCUGGACUUGGGAGAGGAGCCCAAUGGCGAAGAGGUACUUUCGUUUAACUGCAACCACGCAUGGGAUGACGAUUCGGACUCCGAUUCGGGAGACGAGGAAGACGAGGCCACUGGACAGACGCAUGAGGAGUGUGGGCGGUGCUGGCGGCCGCUCUUCCAUCGUCCGCAAGGGUAUCACUACAUAGGCGUCAAGGAACUGUUGGAGAAUGGAGAGCUCCAAUUAACCCCGACAGAUCAUGUUCCUUCUGUCGGUGCCGAGGAUUAUGUGAACGCUUGUCGCCGUUGCGGCAUUGUGUUAUGUGCUCAGUGUCGUGCAUCGACACCGCACGUCCCCCCGCCAGAAUACGAUCUCAGAGCAGAUGAAGACUCGAAUGAAGAAGAUCAAAUUGAGGUUGCUCCACCCGAAGGGGUCGAGGAGGUCGAUAGCAAUCAACUUAGGGAAGGCCAACUAGAUGAGGAGCUGACUGCCGAGACUACUGAGACGGAGCAAGUGGACGAGAGUAUCGACGACGACAGUCAGCCAGUCGAAGAAAAAAACCUCAUGCAUGAGGAGCUAGGACAACUCGCAGCCAAGCGCCAAAAAGCCACGGAAUACAGUAGGAAGUGGCGUGCAGCUAACCCAAGGCGUGAGAAAGUGAAUAGCUACGAUGCCGUACGAUGAAACCAAAGCAUAUCCGGCUAGGAGGGCAGGAGAUAGGAGACGACAGCGGACCAACAAGCGCAAAGCAAACCUCAAGUGGAAACACAUGCCACCAGAAAAGAAUAAGCGCCAGAAUGAAAUGCGUCGACACUCAGAGCCAAGCUCCAACAGCAAGUCCGAAGAGCUAAAGAAAAGCUACCGAAUUUGGAGGAAGCAGCUGCAUCUGAAG